GUUUUUUCUAUAGUACAAUUGAAUGUGUAUGUCGUGGGAGUUUUUUCCAUCAUUACAACUAUCGAGUAACAAGUUGAAUAAGAUGAAGAUUCUUAGAAGCAGGAGUGACGAGGUGGUUUGUAGGUGGAUAGGUGAGAUUGAGUACCACCAGAUUUUUCUCUGUAGAAGUCAACUCGUACCCCAUUUUAGAUUUCAAAAACAAAGUGUCUCCAUACAUACUGUUCAAGUUCUCGUCCUGAGCAAGAAGAUUCUGUCAACGUCAUCUAUUUCAUCUUGAAAAGUCACUGACUCAUAGUUUCUCCUUCUUGCUCUCGUAAAAAUGGGCAAAAGUGCGAAGUUCAUGCGCGUGGCAGCGCACGAGAAGCAGAAGCGAGUCCUAAAAGGCAAAGAGUGGCGCGACUCGGGUCACAAACAAGCACGACUAGAAGCGAAACAAAACAAGAGAAGGGAUCGAAGAGAUGCAGCCAGCCUACUUUUCGGCACUGGCGGACCGUCGAAUGAUGAAGACUCAGCAGGUGGAAGAAGUAGUUUGGCAUCUGCGGCGGCGAAUAGGGGGAGUGCGACGACAGGUAGUGACUUUGAUAUUGAUUCAAGUAAUAGACUUGCUUCGAUAAGGUACUUAUGUUUUUUUUUUACCGUACAAAACAAAGUGAAUUUCAAAUGGGUCGUGUUGAUUGAUGGUUGAUAUUAAUAGGUACUCUUAAUUCAUCAUGACAAGGAUGUUCCAGUUUCCUACUUCCAAUCAACACAGCUUUGCCUUUCAAUGGUGACUUGGCAGCGAAGCUUAGGGCAAACUAUGAUGCACCGUCAAAGCCAGAAGGUGAGAAAAAGAAGGGCAUAAAACCAAAGAAAGUAAAGAUGGGGAAAAUAAAACUGAAACAAGCCUAAAGAGUGAGCAUGAAAACUGUGAUGAUACUCGCAGAGGCUCCUCACGACAUAAAAAUCUAAGAUGAUCUAUAGUACCUUUUCCGAACAAAAUAAAAAUCGAGGCCCUUGGUCUAAAACUGAUCAUGAUCUCAUACCCCGAAAGUGCAAGCUGGACCUCCACUUACAACUUUUAUCAAUCUACGCGGUAAUUGAUUC